GUUUAAUUGUGGCAUUGGUCCACUAAUAUUUGCUGAUCAGUUCAUACAGCUGUCAAGUUCACUGGCAUCUAAGUACAUAUAUGGACUUGGUGAACACCGUGGUAGUUUUCUACAUGAUGUCAACUGGUCUAGAUAUGCUUUCUGGAGCAGGGAUGUUUUCCCCGCUGAAAAUUUAAACUUGUAUAGUGUCCAUCCAUUCUAUCUGUCUAUUGAAGAUGAUGGCAAUGCACAUGGUGUGUUCUUACUCAACAGCAAUACUAUGGAGGCGAUUCUGCAGCCAUCUCCAUCAAUCACAUGGAGGACUAUUGGUGGUAUUUUAGAUUUUUAUGUCUUCCUUGGACCCAGCCCUGACCAAGUGAUACAGCAAUACACUGAAGUGAUUGGAAGAACAUUUAUGCCACCGUAUUGGGGUUUGGGAUUCCAUCUGUGUAGAUGGGGAUAUGAAACUGUUGAUGGUACAAGAAAAAUCACUGACAGGAUGAGAAAUGCCAAAAUACCACAGGACGUACAGUGGAAUGACAUUGACUAUGCUAUAGACUACAAAGAUUUCACUUUAAAUGAGAAAGUAUUUGGAGAUUUACCGAAAUUUAUUGAUGAACUUCAUAACAAUGACCAGCACUAUAUACAUAUCGUGGAUCCUGGUAUUGCCGCUGACAGUGCCCCUGGUACAUAUGAACCAUUUGAUCUUGGUAAAAAAAUGGACAUCUUUAUUAAACUGGAUGGAAAAUACAUAGAAGGGAAGGUUUGGACCAAUGUUACCGUGUUUCCAGACUUUAUAAACCCUAGAACUAGUGAAUGGUGGUACCGGAUGAUAUCAGAAUGGUAUAAAAAAGUACACUUUGAUGGACUCUGGAUUGAUAUGAAUGAACCAGUUCAGUUUGGCAAUGGAUCAUUGAUUGGUUGUCCUCAAUCUAAGUACGAUAAUCCACCAUAUACACCAGGCAUAUUUGAGGGCAUAUUAAAAGCUUUCACACUGUGUGCUUCAGCAGAUCAGUACAAGUCAAAACAUUAUGAUGUACAUAGCUUGUAUGGACUGACAGAGAUGAAAGCAACAUUUGAGGCUAUAGCUCGCAUCCGACUAGAAAAACGUCCUUUCAUUAUCUCGCGAUCUACUUAUCCGAGUAGUGGUAAAUAUGGAGGUCAUUGGCUAGGCGAUAAUUUCAGUAAAUGGAAGGAUAUGUGGUAUUCUAUACCAGGUAUUUUGAACUUCAAUAUGUUUGGUAUACCAUUGGUUGGUGCUGAUAUCUGUGGUUUCAACAAUAACUCAAAUGAAGCACUUUGUCAACGAUGGCACCAGCUAGGUGCAUUUUAUCCAUUCUCCAGGAAUCACAAUUCACUACAUGUGGUCAAUAGUACAGAAAAAUGUAAAGAUCAGGACCCUACAGCAUUUAGUGAAGCUAUGCAAAUAUCAACAAGAGAUGUGCUACUAAAACGGUACUAUCUGUUGCCAUAUCUCUAUACUUUAUUCCAUAAAAGUCAUGUUAACGGAACUACGGUAGCAAGACCAUUGUUCUUUGAAUUUCCACAUGAUGACUAUGCCCUAACUGUUGAUACACAGUUUCUAUGGGGAGAAGCAUUAUUGAUUAGUCCUGUAUUGCAAGAGGGCGCUGUUACAGUCACUGCAUAUUUUCCUAAUCACUCAUGGUAUGACUUUGACACUGGUGCCUGUGUACCAGGUUUCUCCAGUGAAACAGGAAAGGACCUCAAUAACUAUUGUACUGAUUCUUCCAUACCGGGUGUCCGUGUACCAGGUCUCUCUGGUGAAACAGGAAAGAACCUCAUUAACUAUUGUACUGAUUCUUCCAUACAGGGUGUUCGUGUACCAGAUCUCCCUGGUCAAACAGGAAAGAACCUCAAUAACUAUACUGAUUCUUCUAUACAGGGUGUUCGUGUACCAGGUCUCCCUGGUGAAACAGGAAAGAACCUCAAUAACUAUUGUACUGAUUCUUCCAUACAGGGUGUCCGUGUACCAGAUCUCCCUGGUGAAACAGGAAAGAACCUCAAUAACUAUUGUACUGAUUCUUCCAUACAGGGUGUCCGUGUACCAGAUCUCCCUGGUGAAACAGGAAAGAACCUCAAUAACUGUUGUACUGAUUCUUCCAUACAGAGUACUCCUAUGGAUAAAAUCAAUCUUCAUAUUAGAGGAGGUAAUAUUAUCCCAGCACAGGAACCUGGUAUAACCACUAAGGAAAGCAGACAAAACAAAUUCCAUUUGAUUGUAGCAUUAUGUACGAAAAACGAAGCAGAUGGGGAGUUGUAUUUAGAUGAUGGAGACACUCUAGAUGCCUAUGAACAAGAACUAUAUGCGUAUGUACGCUUUCAGGCCAAUGCUACUAGUGUGAUAUCACAGAUAGUUAAACUUGGUUUCACUGGUUCUGAUUCUGCUGAUCUUGGUCUUGUCAAAGUCUUUGGUGUGGUACAGCAACCAAGUUAUGUAUCUGCAAAUGGGGUUAAAGCUCAGUUUUCCUACAAAAAUAAGGUUUUAACCAUAGAAAAACUGAAUCUCUCUCUACUCAAACCAUUUACCAUAGUUUGGAAAUAA